AUGGAGCUUGAGCUACCGGUUUUAGAAUGGCAAGACCGUUUCGCCCUACUGCCGCUAGAAGCAAGCAAUGGCAGCCUCGACGGUGAUAAAAUAAUCCUACCACAGUCUGCUUUGGAGCAGCUGCUCAAUGCGGCCGCGUCUCAGGCGGUGACGCAGGACAAUUACACAACGUCAUCAUCACAGCUUCCGCAUCCUCUCAUCUUUCGUCUUGUAAACCGGAUCACCAAAAAGGCAGUAUAUGCUGGAAUCCGGGAAUUUUCGGCGCCCGAGGGGACGGUUAUGCUGAGUCCGUAUUUGCUCAGCGCCCUGGAUCUGGCUACGGAUCAGGACAACGCCAAGAACUCGUCAUUGGCUGAUCCGCCAACGCAACUUGAUAUAUUCGCCGCAACAUUACGAAAAGGAACCUACGCGCGACUGCGACCCUUGGAGGCAGGGUACAAUCCCGAGGACUGGCGGCCCCUGCUCGAGAGACAAUUGCGACGAGACUUCACGUCGCUCACCAAAGAUGCGACAAUACUUGUACACGGAGUUCGAGGCGAGGUAUUCCGGUUGCUGGUUGACAAGUUGCUACCGGAAGCGGAGGGCGUGUGCGUGGUAGAUACAGACCUCGAGGUCGAUAUUGAAGCAUUAGACGAGGAGCAGGCGCGCGAAACGCUGCGUCAGGCCAUCAGCACCAAUCCUCAAUCAAAUGGCCAAGGUGGUACCAAAGGCGGUUUACUCGAUAUUUGGAAGCCCGUAUCCGACGAAAUUCCCAUCGGCAGCUAUGUUGACUUUACACUUCCUUCAUGGGACCGAUCUCAGCCUUUGCAGCUAACCCUGUCCAACAUGUCUGAGCCUGAGGCUUUGGAGAUGUUUGUCACGCCAAAAUCCAAAUACCAACGUGCCCUCCCACGCAAUACAGAGCAUGUCUUUAGCACAAUCGACUCGGCUGGCCCGAGGACGACGAAAAGCAUUAGCAUCUCUCCGUCGAAUAUCGAAAUGGAGGAAGCUGAGAGCCUACGAAUUGCAGUCUACGCAUACCCUGACGGCGCUUCAAAGAUGGCAGACAAUGCUAUUCAGUAUACUCUACGCGCUCGAGUUUCGAUGCAAACGGAAAACGCCAUCGCCCGGGGCCAUGCUGAGAUGGUCGAAAGGCACGAUGACAAGGAGGCGCAGUGUUUGAACUGUCGACAGUGGGUUCCAAAAGAAAGCCUUGUCUUGCACGAGAACUUUUGCCGACGCAACAACAUUAUCUGCCCCAAGUGCAAGUCGGUAUUUAAAAAGAACUCAGAAGAAUUCACCGCUCACUGGCAUUGUGAGCAUGAUGAGGCACACGGAGACACACAAUACAGCAAGCGCAAACACGACGACAUGUUCCACAACAGCUGGCUUUGUCCUGGUUGCACUUUUCAAACGAAUUCGCUGCCUGAUUUAGCAAGGCACAGGAGUACGAUAUGCCCGGGAAAAAUUAUCCUUUGUCAGUUCUGUCACCUCGAGGUGCCACAGGAGGGCGAUCCAUUCAACCCCUCUGCGGAAGUGAUGAUGUCUGGAUUGACGGCGCACGAACUAGCUGACGGCGCGCGCACGACGGAAUGUCACUUGUGCGACAAGAUCAUCAAGCUAAAGGACAUGCAGACACACUUGAAGCACCACGAGCUGGACAAGAUCGGCAAAGAGAAGCCGCCCGUCUGUCGCAACGCGAACUGUGGGCGGACGCGCUAUGGCGUUCGCAGUCGGGGACAGGUGCGGCAUGCGCCCGAGGUCGACGGGCCGCAAGGUGCUGCUGUCGGGCUGUGCGCGCUCUGCUUCGGCCCUCUGUACGUCAGCAUGCACGAUCCGGACGGGAAAGCGCUCCGCCGACGCAUCGAGCGGCGCUACCUCACGCAGCUCAUGACGGGAUGCCGCAAAAGCACGUGCGUCAACGCGUGGUGCAAGACGGGCCGCGCCAAUUCGGGGAUAGAGGCAUGGGGCGCGUCGGCCAAGGACGCCUUGCCCCUGGUCAAGCCGCUGGUGGCGACGUGCCUGGACAUGGACACGCCGGUAUUCUUUUGCGUCGACGAGCUGAGCCAGCGUGGGCGGACGCUGGCGGACAUGAUUGCUUCCGAGGGCGUGUGGGACGUGACGUGGUGCAUCGCCGCGGCCGAGGCGGAAAAGGCGGAUGCGGAUAAGAUGCGAGAGUGGCUGCAGGCAUGGGCGCCGAGGAAGAUGUAA